UAAAUUGUCAUACUUGUGAUUGUGAUUUACCUAGGUACCUUACAUACAAAAUUGUGACGAAGCUAUUAUUUUCUGUUGUUGUGUACAUUUUGUUACGGGACACAAAAAAAAAUUAAGUAUAACAAAAUGCUAGAUAGAAGAAUUAAUGAAUGAAUGACUCCGGCAGUGAUACGGAAGCUACCGAGUCUACCGCACUAAUGGACGGGCAUAUAGCCGAAGCUCGGCCCGAUAGGGAGAUCGCGGAAAGGAUUGCCAGAAAACGAAAAUCCAAAUCCGAAAGUCAACGCACUUAUGGCAGUGUGGAACAAACUGAAGGUGCCGGUUCUGCUUCUGGCAGUUCCGGGAAUCCAGCCCCACCAUCCCAGAAUGCUGAGCCUCAAAUUGAAGAGCUGGAGCUCAAAUAUGGAGCUCGGCACGUCAUUAAACUAUUUGUGCCCGUCACAUUGUGCAUGCUCGUUGUGGUAGCAACUAUCUCAUCUAUCAACUUCUACUCAGUGAAAGAUGUUUAUCUUGCCUACACACCAUUCCAUGAGGAAAGCCCAUAUGCUGUGACGAAAGUAUGGAAUGCUCUGGCCAACUCUAUGAUCCUGCUAUGUGUGAUCGCACUCAUGACUGUUCUUCUGAUAGUACUUUAUAAGAAGAGGUGUUAUAAAAUCAUACAUGGAUGGCUGAUAAUAUCUUCACUUAUGUUGUUGUUUUUGUUCUCUUACCUGUAUAUAGAGGAAGCACUAAGAGCAUACUACAUUCCAAUGGACUACAUCACUCUGAUAUUUGUGAUGUGGAACUUUGGUGUGAUGGGUAUGAUCGUGAUACACUGGAAGGGCCCCCUGCGGCUACAGCAGGCGUACCUGAUCUUCAUUGCAGCCCUCAUGGCGCUUGUCUUCAUUAAGUACCUGCCCGAGUGGACCACCUGGGCUGUGCUCGCUGUUAUCUCUAUUUGGGAUUUAGUGGCUGUGUUAACACCAAAAGGACCAUUGAGAAUACUAGUAGAAACAGCUCAGGAAAGAAAUGAACCAAUAUUCCCUGCACUUAUAUACUCAUCUACUGUGAUGUACUGCCUGGUGGCUACGGCGCCCAGUGGCCGCGGGGAAGGUGAGACGUCGCGAGAACUGCGCCCGCUCAACCCGGCAGCGGGUCGCGCGGACGGGUCGGGCGAGGCGGCGGCGCCGCGUCGCCUGCGCGUGGAAGCGACGGCGCCCGCCGCGUACACCACCCGUCUCGACCGGCCGCGCCCCGCGCCGCCGCCCGACGACGAAGAGAAGGGUGUGAAGCUGGGUCUGGGCGAUUUCAUAUUCUACAGCGUGUUGGUGGGCAAGGCCAGCUCCUACGGCGAUUGGAACACCACUCUCGCCUGCUUCGUAGCUAUACUUAUUGGUCUGUGCCUGACAUUACUGCUGCUGGCGAUCCUGAAGAAGGCGCUGCCGGCGCUGCCGAUCUCGAUCACGUUCGGGCUCAUCUUCUACUUCGCGACGCGCUCCGUCGUCAAGCCCUUCGCCGACGCUCUCGCCGCCGACCAGGUGUUCAUCUAGCUACCGCCCUCACACCCUCCCCAUCCCCCUCCCCCUCCCCCUCCCCCAACAACACUCAUUAGACUAACACACAUUAACGACACGCCCUUUUUAGUCCCUCGAUUAUAAAAAUGUUCAAACGUUUGUUAAAUCGUUCUUAGUUAAAUAUGUUUGAAGGUUUGGUGUGUUAAUACUAUAGACAAAGAAAACUAUAGACUUCCAAAUAUCUUUUGUUUCGCUCAUACAAUAAAGAUAAAUAUGUAUUAGAAAGACGCGAAAAGAAACAGGACAAAACGCUAAUAUAAUUUGUUCUGCACUAUGUGCCCAGUUUUACAUAACCCAAUCUGCCGCUUAGUAUGUGUUCGGCCGGGAACUCGUGUGUACCCUACGUUGUGGGUGCGUUUCUGGCUGUCCAGCCAUGGCCAUAGCACAAGCUAUGGCCAUGGGCUGGACAUGGCUGGUCUAGUCUAGCCACAAGACUAGACUAGACCAGCCAUUGGUUGACAGCCAGAGAGGGGAUGUAAUGAGUAACCGCAACGUUGAUGUCACACCGUGUUUGAAUGGCAAAUAGAGGUAAAAGCAGAAAAAAAAAUGUUAGCAAGUGACAAUUAUUUUAUGAAUAUGAGUAAUAUCUUAUAAUGACUGUGCAGACUUUAGUUUUAGGAUUAACGAUUAUCCGUUUUAUCCGUAAAAAGUUAAUACUUCAACUAACAAAGUUAAAUACUUUUAUCUCGUUCUUUCAAUGUCAAAUAUUGGCAUAUUGGAAAGAGAGAUAGCGAUAAAAUAUGUUUAGGUUUUAACAAAACUAAGAUCAACCUUUUACGGAUAAAACUGUAUUAUUACUAUUAUUUAUUUAGUGAAUUGGAGAAGCAAAAAUAUUUUUAAUCAAAUUCCUAUCACAACAAAAACAUUUACUUAUCUGAAUUAAAUCACAGAUCUAUCAAAAUUGUAGAUAAAUAAGAAUUGAAUAGGGUUUACAAUGCAAUAAAUUUGAUAGACACCAAUAGAUAGAAUAUGUAGUGUAUGAGUGUACAUAAUAAAUUAAUUGAGCGUAUUUUUUGUAAAAUCUGAUUUGUAUUUGUUUGCUAAUUUGAUAGAUAACGAGAUAUUUUGGAGUCGUAAUGGUGGUCCAACCAAAAAGUUAAAUACAGUUUGACUUACUUCUGUUAUUUGAGUGAGCUAGCUUUGUGAUCACAUCACCAUUCAUUAUCACACUUGUAGAUAUAUUCAAAUUUCUAUUGUAUUUUUUUUAACUAGCCUGAUAUGGUGUCCCAUUUCUACGAACAAAUAUAUUUGGUAGACAAAUUAAAAAAAAACCAAAUUUCAAUAUUCAUUUCGUUACAACUUCUGAACGACUAAACCGAUUUUAAUCUAACAUAUCUAAGAAUCACCGCAUAAAAAUUAGUUAUGAAAUCGAAAAAAAAAUCGCAUCCAAAUUGGUUCACCCGUUGAUGAGCUGUGUGUCUGUCCGUUUGUCUGUGGACGUGGCACCGUAGUGUCACGCGUAAGGGGUUAAAAAUAAAUGGUCUGACUCCUACACGUCAUUUGUGAAAUUAAUUUUGAUGGAUAAUUGGUUCCCAAUUUAUUUUUUGUAUGAUUUAUCAAUGUUGGACAUGCCGCCAUAGUAUUCAGUUUGUUGUAAUAUUGAAUCCGAGAUUACAAAUAAUGAUGUUGACAUUCCAAUAUACAUAUAAGUACUCAAAAUAGAAGUUUCCUUUUAUAAUUGAAAAAUGUAACUGUUUUUUCUUUAGGUUUUAAUUUAUAGAAAAUGAAUAAACCAUUUUGUAACAAGA